AGCGGCAGAAGCGCGCCGGCGGGGACGGAGCGUUCAUUCAUAAGGAGCGGCCGCUGCGUUCAAUGGGGGCGGCCCCGUGGGAACCGCGUUGGUGUCACCCCCCGAGGUGGGGACAGUGACGUUCCGGGGCUGGGCAGUGCUGAGCAGGGGAGGAUGCUGAUAGUUUUGCUCUGGAGCAGGAAAUACCCUUUCUGAAGGUGGCCCCGGUGUCUGCAGAGCGUGGGGAUGCGCUGGUGGCUCCUCGCUGUCCUGGGGGUGCUGAGCAGCCCCUGCAUGGGGGCCACCGCCUGCGAGCUGCUGCGAUGCCCACCUGGAGAGGAACCCAUUGGGGGGUGCAGCACAGCACAGAGCUGCCGCCCCUGUCCCCCUGGCUCUUCCUCUGCAGGGGACGCACCGUGUGCCUGCAUGCACGGGUUUUACAGCCCUGAUGGCCAUAGGGAGCCCCAGGGUCGGUGUCUGCCCUGCUCCACUGCACCCCACGGCACCCUGGGAUGUGCAGAUCCAAACCUCACUGCAGCCCGACGGCGAGCCCGGAGUGUGGUGGCAGCUCGGGGACCACCGGGGACCAAUGGGACAUGGGAGCUUCAGCCAGAGGAGGCGGCAACGGCGCAGUCGGCCGUGUUGGCCAUCGUGCCCGUGUUCUGUGCCAUGGGGUUGCUGGGCAUCCUGGUGUGCAACCUGCUGAAGAAGAAGGGCUACCACUGCACCGCACACAAGGAGCACGAGCACAGCACCAGCGGUCCCAGCUCCAUCUACCAGAUUGAGGAUGCCAACGAGGACACCAUCGGGGUCCUGGUGCGCCUCAUCACGGAGAAGAAAGAAAAUGCUGCAGCGCUGGAGGAGUUGCUGAAGGAACAUCAGAGCAUGCAGCCAGCACUGGCGGGCUGCAAACCUGCCUACAAGCUGCACCUCCUGCCUCAGUUUCCCCAAUCCUGCUGCCACCAGCAGCACCUGCACACAGUGCAUGGCCCGGCUCCUCCUUCAGACCCCCCCUGCACCCGAUGCAGCCAAAGGAAGUGGCCCCAGGUGCUGCCAUCCCCCACAGCCACCAAAGCCACCAGACCCGCCGGCGAGAUCACCAUUCUCUCCAUCGGAAGAUUUCGGGUGUCCCGGAUCCCCGAGCAGAAGCCCGGUGUUGGAGGUGAUCCUCUCCCCACCAGCACGAGGCCAUCGUGGCUGAAAAGCACUGACAGCCGCCCUGAGCCUCCUGGCUCUGUUGCUGGAGAGGAUGUCAUUAAUAAACGAGCUCUGUUUUGGGGCAAGAAGAUGGAGUUUGGUGCUUUUCCUUUCUCCCCUCUUUCUUCCCCCACCCCAAGUGUUUAAGGCCCCAGUGGGGACACCUGGAUGUGGGAGGGGGGCCCUGCCCAUGUGGGAAGACCCUGACUGCCCCCCACCAAAGAAGGGUCUCAACAUCGUUAUGGGGUUUCUAGAACAGCUGCUGCAUGGGGUACAUGGGAUGUCCUCCAUAGCAUGGUGACAGCAACCACUGAUAGCCCAGGUUGUGACACUGCCACCUCAAGUGUCCCCAUGGCCCAUAGGCCACAAUCCAUCCUCAGCUGGAGGUGCAGGCACUCUCUGUGGGGCUGAGCAAAACAUCAGGACAGCAGUGGUGGCCUUGGAAGGAGCUGAUCCCACAUUGUGCCCGUGGCUCUGCUGACCCCAUGGAGAGCAGCACCCAGCUCUGCGCCUCGUGGUGCUGUGAGGUUGGGGACAAAGACAGUGCUUGGUGGACACCUUCUUCAUCUGCUGGGCUGUGGGGAUGGAGAUUAAAAUGCUUGGGGAGCACCACCAUGGAGCCCCCCUUCUUCGCAUAGGCAUAUCCCCAACCCUAUCUCAAGGGUACAUGGACUAUGGUGGACCUACUAUGGACUACUAGGACUAUGAUGGACCUACUGGGACAUGAGUCAACUCGUGGGUUGGGGUCCCUCAAUGCUCACUAAUCACCUGGGGGCAGUUGGCCAUGUUGGGAUAUGGGACAACCCACAUGCUGGGCUCACUGAAAGCCUGCCAACCACCUGAGGGCAUAUGGCCAUGCUGGGACACAGAACAACCCAUGGGUUAGGGUCCUUCCAGCCCCACCAAUCAUCUGGGGACAGGUGGCCAUGCUGGGACAUGGAACAACCCAUGCGUUGAAGUCCCUCAAAACCCACCAACCACCUGGGGGCAUAUGGCCAUGUUGGGACAAGGGACAACCCAUGGGCUGGGAUCCUUCCAGCCCCACCAAUCACCAGGUGGCCAUGUUGGAGCAUGGGACAACCCAUGAGUUGAGGUCCCUGAAGGCCUGCCAACCACCUGGAAGCAUAUGGCCAUGUUGGAAUAUGGAACAACCCAUGUGUUGGGGUCCCUCAAGACUCACCAACCACCUGGGGGCAGAUGGCCAUGUUGGGACAUGGGACCACUCUUGGGUUAGGGUCCUUCCAGCCCCACCAACCAGCUGGAGGCAGAUGGCCAUGUUGGAACAUGGAACAACCCAUGUGUUGAAGUCCCUUAGGACCCACCAAUCAUCUGGGGGCAGGUGGCCAUGUUGGGAGCAUGGGACAACCCACGCAUUGGGGUCCCCCAAGGCCUGCCAACCACCUGGGGGCAGAUGGCCAUGUUGGCACAUGGGACAACUCAUGCGUUGGGGUCCUUCCAGCCCCACCAAUCAUCUGGGGACAGGUAGAGCCAUGCUGGGACAUGGAACAAUCCAUGCGUUGAAGUCUCUCAGGACCCACCAACCACCUGGAGGCAUAUGGUCAUGUUGGGACAUGGCACAACCCAUGGGUUGGGGUCCUUCCAGCCCCACCAACCCCCUGGGGGCGGGUUUGGAGGUGGGACCCCAUCGCUUCACAGCUCCAAGAAUAAAAAACCAACCCACCAACCCUCUUCCUUUUUUUUUUUUUUUUUUUUGGAAACAUUUUAAUAGUUAUCGAAUGUUCUACAUCUUACAGUAAAUAUCGUACAGUUACAAACUCUUGGCUGAAAUCUGUCAGGGAGAUCACGAACGGAUCUU